AUGACAUCUCUCGUGUCAGACUUCAUUAUCAAUCCUGUCUUGCGAACCGCUCGCCGUUUCUCUCGAUCUGGCACUCCUGGUGACGGUCCUCCGAACAGCAAUCGACACGAUGCGGCGGUUGAGGGUAUAGCAGAGCAGUUGGAAGGAUUGGAGGGCCCAGCGACCAGAAGUAUCAGGACCGAGAGCAUUCUCAGCGAUGAGGUUCUAACAUCGUCGCCUAUCGAGACCGGUCAUGGUCUGGACGCUGAGUUGGAGGCUCUAGAGGUGGGCCGACCCCCAAGUGCGCCCGCAGCCUUUGGCCAUGUACCGAUGAACCUUGGUUCAUUUCGCCCGCACUCAACACAGGUCGACGAUGAUGUUUCCGAUAAUCCUUCUUUUGGGAUACCCGAUCGGUUUCGCACAGCUUCGAUAGCUGGCACGGCGCAUUCAGGGCAGAGUAUGGAGAACUUAGGAAUGAGUCCCGCCGAGGGGCGUUCGCGGAGCAAUACUCAGGAUCGGACAAGAUCGGGGUCGGGUACCCAUCAUAGGCAUAUUUCUCUACCGGCGGACGACGGCAUGGGCCCUUUGCGGCAGCAGAUAAGAAACAUACAAGCUAUGGAGGUUACGGGGCAAGAAAAGGCACGUUUGAUGCACCAGUUGAUCACUCGAGGAUAUAAUCAGGCACAAACGGUUCAUACAAAGCCGCAGAUAGCAGUGCCUACACCGGGGGAUAUGGUUAGUCAAGAACGACCCACGACUCCCGAGUCUUUGGCAUCCUUUCUUUGGCAAAUGAAUGGCAUGUCGGAAAAUGCUUCCCCCAGCCAGCAACAUACAUUUCACCUUUCGCCGGACGACCUUAAACGUACAUACGCACCGCCGGAUCCUCCGGAAGUAGAUGAAGAUGGAGACGUGGUUAUUGUUGAAGAAACGGAACCACAACUGGGCUGUAAACAUUACAAGCGAAAUGUCAAAUUGCAAUGUUCGGCUUGCGCAAAAUGGUACACUUGCAGGUUGUGUCAUGACGAGGUAGAGGAUCAUAUUUUGGACCGAAAAGCGACAAAAAACAUGCUGUGUAUGCUGUGCGGGUGCGCUCAAGGGGCUAGUGAGUUCUGCUUUGAGUGUGGCGAGAGGACUGCGUGGUAUUACUGUGGUGUCUGCAAACUAUGGGACAACGAUUCAAAUAAGUGGAUAUAUCAUUGCAAUGACUGUGGAAUAUGCCGUAGGGGCCGGGGAUUGGGGAAGGACUUCUUUCAUUGCAAGACGUGUGGUGUUUGCAUGUCAAUGUCGGUGGAAAAGAAUCACAAGUGUAUUGAACGAGUUUCGGACUGCGACUGCCCUAUCUGCGGGGAAUACAUGUUUACCUCCCCACAUCCGGUGGUGUUCAUGUUAUGCGGACAUAGCAUACACAAGAGGUGUUAUGACGAGCACAUGAAUACAUCAUACAAAUGUCCAAUAUGUAGCAAAAGUACGGUCAAUAUGGAGACGCAAUUCCGGAACCUGGAUCGAGCAAUUGAUGGCCAACCAAUGCCUCCUCAAUUCCGAGAUACCAAAGCCAUGGUAUCAUGCAAUGACUGCUAUGCCAAAAGUGCUGUCAAGUACCACUGGCUGGGUCUGAAAUGUGCAAUUUGCCACUCAUAUAAUACCGCACAACUUUCGAUCUUGAGCGAUCCUGCAGUUGAGGUCCCUCCCAUCGAAAGCGUCGAACCGGAGGUAGAACCGAUGAAUAUUCCCGGUGGAGAUAUGGCUGCAUCUGGAUUACUUACCGUGGGCGUACCGCGUAAUAGAAGGCAUUCUUCACACUCAGGGCCGCAAGUCUCGGCAAGUGGUUCACGUCGCUUCUCUCCUUACCCAUUACCUGGCCGGAUUGGCAGAUCGGUAUCUCCCGUACGAGGUAUAGGUUUCUUCUUCGAACCUCCUCGCCCGAAUCCGACAGUCGAAACGGACGACUCGUUAGAUGACGAAGACGAACUUGACUUCUGGGGUCGAGACGGCCCGCGAAGUGUGGCUUCGGGAGAGCUGGCAGAUAUGGUGGAAGCGGACGAAGAUCUUGAAGAGGAGUCAUCAGAUGACGACUCCGCGAUGGAUGAUUGCGAGGAUGAGGGUGAAGAGGAAGAAGAUCGAUUUGCUUUAUUCGGUCAUCGCUAA